AUGGCGGGCGCGCUGGGCGGCAUGUUCGGCUCCCAGGCCCCGGGGCCGCCGCCGCCGCCGGGGCCGCCCGGCCCGCCCGGCCUCAUCCCGCCGCCCGCGGGGCCGCGCAACCCCAACAACACGCUGGUGGACGAGCUGGAAGCGUCCUUCGAGGCCUGCUUCGCCUCACUGGUGAGCCAGGACUACGUGAACGGCACGGACCAGGAGGAGAUCCGCACCGGUGUUGAUCAGUGUAUCCAAAAGUUUCUGGAUGUUGCAAGACAAACUGAAUGCUUUUUUCUACAAAAAAGACUGCAGCUAUCAGUCCAGAAACCAGAACAAGUCAUUAAAGAGGAUGUUUCAGAAUUAAGAAAUGAAUUGCAGAGAAAAGAAGCAUUAAUUCAGAAGCAUUUGAGUAAACUGCGACACUGGCAACAGGUCCUGGAAGACAUCAGUGUACAGCACAAAAAGCCUGCAGAAAUGCCUCAAGGUCCCUUAGCUUACCUGGAACAAGCAUCUGCGAAUAUUCCUGCUCCAAUGAAGCAAACAUAAUCUUCAGUUUUACAUAGCUCAGUAUUUUCAACAGUGCAAAGCAUGGUUUUCUUCUUGCUUUGUAUGCUUUUUGUAUAAUGUGAUUUGUACUACAAAUAUAAAUAGUUAAAACAAGCCAAAUAAAUUAUCUUCUUUUUUUUUUUUUUUCCAAAA